AUGAAGUUCAACACCGUCUUAGCUAUCUUAUCUCUUGCUGUGUUUGCCAGCGCCGUUCCAGUCCACAAGGCUCCAGUUCCUGGUGACCCAUACGACGGUGAUGUUGAAGAUAACGACGUUUUGGCGUUGAAGCAGAAGACCACCGACGAUGAGGAAGACCUACUUCCAGAAACCAAAGAACCUCCAGCCACAAACAUGCCCCGGAAGAGAUUCGAUAAGAAAAACGCCCAGACGUUUUCGGUCGUCCACAGGUCCCACGAGGAUGCUCUUUAUUUCGACAACGACGCCUCCAAGCACGUGCUUAUCCCUGCUGCCCAAAGAGCCCAGGCUGCUUCAGGAACACUCAGCCAGUUGAAGGCCAGAAAGGCUGGAAAGCAGACCUAUAGCACUCAGGAGCUUGAGAGCACGCUAGGGAAAGAGGCCAUGAAUGCCAUGAGAGCCAACGAAGGUUUGGCGGCUCAGUAUGGUAUCUUCUUUGAUGACUCCAACUACGAUUACAUGCAACAUCUUAGGCCUAUUGGAGGUGGAGGCGGCGAUAGUGUGUUCAUUGAGGCGAAGAAACCCAAGGAGGAAUCCAAAAAGUCGAUUGAAUCGCUUAUCAAGGAUGUGCUUCCUUCGGAACAGACGAGAAAGGUGGCUUUCGACGAUGAGGAGAACAUUCCUGCUGAACUUCUAGGUUUCAACCCUGAAAUGGACCCUAGACUUCGAGAAGUCAUGGAGGCGCUUGAAGAUGAAGCCUACGUAGCUGAAGCUGGCGAAGGUGAAGUGGAAGAUGCUGAUUUCCUUGACUUGUUGCAGUCUGGAGAGGUAGACGACGAAGAAGACUUCUACGAUGACUACGAGGGCGACGACUGGGAUUUGGACAACUACCAAGACGAAUUUGACGAUGAAGCUUACGACCUGGAGCAUCUUGAAGAGCUCGAUAUUCCGUAUAAUGAAGGUGAGGCGCCAGAAGAGGUUAUUGAGGCUGCGGUUCCAGCCGUCAGCAACGCCUGGGAAAGAGAUUUCAUGAAGUUUAAGAAGGAGACAAAGAAUGCUGUUAAUGAGUGGGAUUCGGAUAAUGAGUUUGAAGAUGAAGAGGAAGACGAUGUGGUUGGUGAACUUCCCCUGAUAAAUACAGCUGCUACAGGUAAGAAGAAGCUGAAGAACAAGUUGAGAAAGAAGAUGGGCGCCAUGACAGAUACGUCGUCGUUUUCGAUGUCCUCUUCGGCGCUUUUCAGAACCGAAGGUUUGACGCUUCUUGACGACAGAUACGAACAGUUGAACAAGAAGUUUGAAGAAGAAGAUCCAUACAUGAAAGAACAAGAAGAUUUCGACAUGAGCAAAGAGAGACCUGACUUUGAAGACAUGCUUGACGAUUUCUUGGACAACUACGAGUUGGACCGUGGUGGAAGAAAACUCGUCAAGAAGGACCGGGAGCACGAGUCCAUCAAGGCUGCUGCCGAUGCAGCUUCCAAGAGUAAGCUCGCGGCAAGAAGAAAGAAGGAGAAAGACAGCAACGGCUCCGCUUUGGAUAAGCUUGGAGGCAGUUUUGGGAAAAUGAAGAUAUAG